AUGGCGACAUACGCUCUCUCCCUGGCUCACCGAGAGCAACUCGAGAAAUCCCUGGUCGAGUCUGACCCAGAGGUUGCCGAGAUCAUGAGAAAAGAAAUACAACGUCAACGAGAAUCAGUCGUCCUGAUCGCUUCUGAGAACUUUACCUCCCGUGCUGUCUUCGAUGCCCUGGGAUCACCCAUGUCAAAUAAGUACUCCGAGGGCUAUCCAGGUGCUAGAUAUUACGGCGGAAACCAACAUAUUGAUGCCAUUGAGCUCACCUGUCAGAGAAGAGCCCUAGAGGCAUUCAAGCUCGACUCCUCCAAAUGGGGUGUUAACGUUCAGUGCUUGAGCGGCAGUCCUGCCAACCUGGAAGUUUACCAGGCCUUGAUGAGACCGCAUGAGAGACUGAUGGGCUUGGAUCUGCCCCACGGUGGACAUCUGAGUCACGGAUAUCAAACCCCACAAAAGAAAAUUUCUGCAGUUUCAACAUAUUUUGAAACCUUCCCAUAUCAGGUCGACCUCCAGACUGGAAUCAUUGACUAUGAUACCCUGGCUAAAAAUGCCAAACUUUACCGCCCAAAAUGUCUGGUUGCUGGUACUUCAGCAUACUGCCGCCUCAUUGAUUACAAGAGGAUGCGCGAGAUCGCUGAUUCCGUUGGUGCUUACUUGAUCGUCGAUAUGGCACAUAUUUCCGGCUUGAUUGCUGCUGGAGUCAUCCCAUCGCCAUUCGAAUAUGCUGACGUUGUCACUACUACUACCCACAAAUCCCUCCGUGGCCCAAGAGGAGCCAUGAUCUUCUUCCGCAAGGGAGUAAGAAGCGUGGAGCCCAAGACCGGCAAGGAAAUCAUGUACGACCUGGAAGGGCCCAUCAACUUCUCUGUCUUUCCCGGCCACCAGGGUGGCCCCCACAACCACACCAUCACCGCCUUAGCUGUAGCCUUAAAACAAGCUAAUACCCCAGAGUUCAAGCAAUAUCAAGAACAAGUUCUGAAGAAUGCCAAGGCCCUCGAGCACGAGUUCAAGAAGUUAGGUUACAAGCUUGUCUCUGACGGAACAGAUAGCCACAUGGUUCUUCUAGAUCUGACUCCGAAGGCCCUUGACGGCGCCCGUGUCGAAGCCGUUCUCGAACAGAUUAACAUUGCAUGCAACAAGAACUCUAUCCCAGGUGACAAGUCCGCAUUGAGCCCUGGCGGCAUCCGAAUUGGUGCCCCAGCCAUGACUAGCCGUGGUAUGGGCGAGGAGGACUUCAAGCGUAUCGCCAACUUCAUUGAUAAGGCCAUCAAUAUCUGCAAGAGUGUUCAGUCUGAGCUACCAAAGAAUGCCAACAAACUGAAGGAUUUCAAAGCGAAGGUUGCUAGUGAAACUGUACCGGAAAUCUUAACCCUGCGCAAGGAUAUCGCUGAGUGGGCAAGCACUUUCCCCCUGCCAGUCUAA